AUGGAUCGCUUCAAGCAAGAGUCCGAGAUCGACGAGGCUACCAAAGCCGAAACCGCCGAUGCACUCGCCAAGUCGCGCCAGUUCCUCACUUCCCGUCUGCUACCGGACCUCGAUCAGGCGAAUCGCAACCAUCAGAGCCUCGUCGCUCAGAUAAACGAAUACAAGAAGCUUCGAGAGACCCUGCGAUCGCUCGACACCGACGAGAACCGCAUCAAGGAUUCAACUGCGAUAUCUACGGACACGACACUGCUAGCAGACAUCGGCGGCGGUGUGGCAGUGCAAACUCAACUCCUGGAAGAAGAGAACCCGAUCAUCUCGCUAGGACUCGCCAACUUCUACGCGCAACUAACAAACAGAGAGGCAAGAGCGUUCAUCACCAAGAAGCUCACUCUGCUCGAAACAAAACGUGACCGAGCGAUAGACAAGCUCGCGCAGAUCGAGGCGCAUAUCCACCUUACCUCGACAUCAAUAACCCAGCUGGACAAUCUGCAUCGUGGUGGUUCCGUCAUCGACGACGUGUGA